GGGAGAGCAGAAGAUGCCUCAUCACAGCAGAAAACCUCACUCAUUCUUCUUUGACAUCAAACCGAUUUUUAGGGGAGCAGAGAGUGAAAAGGGAGCUGGAAAACUGGAUUUUGGAAAGAUGUGUUACUCUCUGGACCUGAAGCAGCCAAUAGAAGAGAUCCAGCACGGCACAGAUAGGAAAGUUAAUCAGCAACAGACAGCCCUCCCUUCCUCCAGUCCCUCCUUACCUUCCUGUAAAGCGAGCUUUAGUCUGAACCGUCAUGAGGACACCGGUGCUGCUGGGGGCUUUGUGUCUAUGUGUGUUUGUCUCUGCUGACACACAAACAAACCGACAGACAGACAAAUCAUCGUCUGAGGAUGAGGUUCUACACCUGGAGAAAAGAGAUUUCAGUCAGGCACUGAAAGAGCAUGAUCAGCUGCUGAUCUACUUCAGUGCUCCUCUGACUGUAGAAGGCUAUCGUGUCUCUGAGGCGUUUAAAGAGGCUGCUGCAGAGCUUCAGGGGUCAGAGGUCAAACUGGCAAUGAUUGAUGUCACCAAGGAGAAGGAGCUUGCUAAAGAACUCAAUGCAGCAGAUCACACAAUCAGACUGUACCUCUCUGGAGAUAAACACAACCCUGUACACUGUCCACUUCCUCAGAGUUCAGCCUCCAUCUUGACCUGGCUGAAGAGGAGGGUGGGGUCUGCUGCUGACCUCAUCACUGAAUUUAGCCAAUUAGAAGCCUCAGAGGAACUAACAGUUGUUGGGUUCUUUAAGGAGCUGAAUCAGGAGUACGUACAGGUGUUUUACGAUGCAGCAGUUGAACUUCCUGAUGUUAACUUCGCUGUGACACAGAGCGAAGAAGUCAUCAGCAGAUAUGGCCUCUCACAUGAUGUAUUUCUCCUCAAAAAGUCUAAGCUCAUCCAGGCUUAUAAAAUGAUGCCUCAGACGUCUAAAGAGGAGCUGAUGGUUUUUAUCACCGUCUUCCAGAUGGAUCCAGUCACUGAGUACACAGGAAAGACGGUCUCUCAGAUUCUAACAUCACCGGUGUUAAACCACGCUCUGCUGUUCAUCAAAGAGAGCUCUGCUGAUUUUAAAGGGAUCUACUCUGCAUUUAACAGUGCUGCAGAGUCUUUCAGGCUAAAGAUUCUGUUCGUCUGGGUGAACGUGGAGGAGCAUCGUAACGGCAGGGUGAUGGAGUAUUUCCGGGUUCGGGAUUUUGACACCCCUCUCAUCCUGCUCGUCAACCUGACAGAUCAUGUGACCUACCACCUGCCCUCAGAGACUCUGGAUGCAGAAACCAUUACAACAUUCUGCCAGUCCUUCCUGCAGGGCACGGCUAAGCCAAAGAUGCAGAGUGAGCCGAUACCUGAAGGAUGGGAGGACCAGCCGGUGAAGGAGCUGGUGGGAACGACUCUGGAGAAAGUCGCAUUUCACCCCAACAAGACAGUUUUUGUCCUCUUCUAUCUUCCAUACAGUAGGGCGUCCCGCGCUGUGUUUCCUCUGUGGGAGGAGUUAGCCGAGGCCGUAAAGGAGCGAGAGGACGUCGUCAUCGCUCGUAUUGACGCCUCGGCCAAUGUCAUCGACAUGUCGAUGCAGGGCUCAUGCCCGUCUCUCUGCCUGUUCCCUGCUCUGUAUGCUGAGAGGGCGGUGGUUUACACUGGUAAAAAGAAGCUGAAGGACCUCAUUAAGUUUCUGGAUAAAGAGAUGGAAGAAGCCAAAAAAUACAGAGCUCUGGAGGAUGAAGACAGGAGGAAGUACAGGGAGGCCAUGAAAGCUGAGGAAGCAGAAAAAGCCAACAAAACCAAAGACGAGCUUUGAUCCCAAAACAAAGACAGUGUAGCAUGUUUGUGUCUGUGUGUGUUUGAUACCUUUAAGUAGCUUCACUCUGAAAAACUUCUAGAUUUAUCUUCUCUACCAAGCUCUCAUUAGCUGUCCAUCAUAGCCAAUCCAGUAAAGUCUUUGAUUUAAA